AAAGGUGUGAUUUAAUAGUAAUAGAAACCGUCUAUUUUUAAAAGUUAUGUACAUUUUUCUUCUAUCAGUCUAAAAAUGAAAUGCUAGAAACCGCUACCAUGGUGACAUCACCGACCACCGAGAAGAUGACCAAGGGUGAAGUGAAGGUUUCAGGUUCCUGUCAGUUCAACACAACACUCCCAAGAAAAGAGGGAAAUUAUUCGUUUCUUGUUUCUGUCUCUCCGGGAAAACGAAAUUUUAUGGCGGAGGACAAACAGUUUACUGUUGAGCGACCCAGAUCGCCAACAGCAUUGUGUGGUCCACAGCCGUAUGUGCUAGAAAAUACUGCUGUCACCUGUACCUGCAGUACAACUAGCCUGGGACAACCGGCAGGGUACCUGAGAUGGGUGACAGGUAACCAGACACACCAAAGCGCAGCAGUCACGAAAGAAAAACAGGAACCGACAUCAAAAGGACUACAAUAUGAUCAGGUUCUGAUUCUGUCCGAUCACGGCAGUACUUGGCUCAGGUGUGACAUUAUUUGGGGAGCCGAAGUGAUUCCAGGAGAGAAAUACACUGCUAGUGUGGGAUUUCAGGAAUAG